AUGGCUGAAGACUAUUCCCUCCCAUGGCUUGGAUGGCAAGAGUCGGCUGAAUCAUCUAAUAGACAUAAGCGCACUCGCCACAGCAGUCCACCUAUUUCUAGCGACCCUAUUUUUUCCAGUGAUGACGACCCAUCCUGCGAGAACUAUGCCCAAGAGCGUCGCAAGAAGAAGUUUCGAGGGCCUUGGUUCUGCCAGCGUCCUGUACUGUCAGAAGCUCUCGACCCAAUUUCUGAGGAACCAACAAGGACAAGACGCCCAUUCCAGAGAUAUUAUGACAGUGGCGUAUUCAUGGGAAGUGAUAAGCUAGAUAUGGAUGCCGAUGAUGUUUUGGAAAAACUUGGCUUCCAGAGCACCUCCAAUUUUCGAUUUGGCCUACACACAUCUCGUCUUCCGCCUUCACCAGAAGAUCUCGUAUUUCAAUACAUACAAAAUUGCUUAGAAGAAGGGAAUGAAACUAUUGAUCUUUCCUCUCGCAACCUUACCAAUCUUUCAAAUGCAAUGAUAAAGCCAUUGGUCUCAUUCACCAGUGUCCCAUCCGUUGGAGAAAGAGUAUUCUCGAUACUUGAGCCAAAAUUAAAAAUAUUUCUAGCCUCUAAUAACUUGACAACCUUGCCAUUUGAGUUAUUCCAACUAGACCGGCUUCACGUUCUUAGCUUACGUGGUAACCUUUUUCACGAGUUACCUCCAAUGAUUGGAAAUCUGUUUAACCUCAAGGAACUCAAUCUCUCACAGAAUGGCUUACGCUACCUUCCGUAUGAAAUAUUGAAUCUUUUCUCUGAGGAUUGUAGCCUUGAAACACUUCACUUACACCCUAACUUAUUUUACGAACCUCAGUUGGGUCAUAAAAAUAAACCUGAGAAAGAUAUUCCCCCGGAAUCCAUUCAGCCACCUUGCAGUAAUAAUAUACCAAACAGCGCCAAUAAUAGGUGGAAAAUUACAUAUCAAGCACGAACUGAAGUCAGGUUUCUUGAGGUUAAUGGAGCUUUAGCCAAGGGCCCAGAUUUUUUGAAUUCAUCUUCACAAUUAUCAUCAAAUUCUUUACCAGUCGCUUCAAACUGUUAUCGUCCAAUACCUCCGUUGCCUCGUGGAAAUAGUUUAUCACGCGUACCAUCACUUGCAGAAACAGCGUUGGCCUCAUUUUCAAAAACCACGGAAUCACCAUACUUAGCCCCAUCCCUAUAUGAGGGCAGCCCAUCACACUUUUACAAUCUUUUCAAUUUGGCUCUUAACAAAAAACACUCUGGGGGGUCGUCCUGUACAGUCUGCAGUCGCAAAUUUAUCAUUCCACGGACAGAAUGGAUUGAAUGGUGGGAGAUUUCUAAAGUAUCCAGCUCUUCCUUCACGAAUAUGGGAAAUAGGAUCUUCAACGAACGAGAUGAUGCAGAGCGUUUAAUCCCAUUUGUGAGAAGGGGCUGCAGCUGGCUUUGUGUACCAACCAUCGACCAGAUAAGAAAAGCAGGCCUUUAA